AUGUCGAGGAGCAGUACCCAGAUUGCCAUGAUUCAACAGGACGCCAUGAUGAAAGUCUUGACGGCCGUACCACAAGACAUUCGAACAGAUAGGAACAGAAAAUUCACAAACCCUUCUAUCAAACGCAUGAUGAUCUAUUUGAUCUUCCCGCGAUUGAACGCCUCAUACUCUUCCAAGAUUCCCAAGCGAGAUCUGCAUGAUGCACCUGUCAGAUCGUCGUACGAUUCUGACUCUGUCGCAGACUUAGCAGCCCACCGCAUCCUCAUUUCAAGUGCAGUCUCACAUGGAUCAUCCAGCCGCCGGAAUGUCGAGUCGAAGAGCAUCUGGCCGCGGCAGCGCGGCGCCAUCAUCAAAGAAAAGGGCGAUAUCCUGUCUCGCAUCGAGAUUGCCAAACCGAAACAUAUGGACUACGACGAGGAGAAAAUCUGCCAGAUCAACACCAGAUAA